AUGGCUGCUGCUAAGCCAGCCGGCCUCGAGUCGAGGAUCGAAGCAGUCUGGGAUCCCGAGGCCGAACAAACCACGCAGAUCCGCACCGUCAUCGGCGUCUCGGCUCGCUGCCGGAGGUUGAAGUUGGAGGAUACGUGGAAGAGGAAGCGAAUUCUUGGUCAUGGCGCCUACAGUACUGUCUGGUUGGAGGAGUGCAUCGCUAGUUCUGGGCCGCGCGAUGGAGAGUCGCAUCUUCGUGCCAUCAAAGAGAUCCAUAAGCGCCCUCAUGUCUCCUCCGCAUCCGAGUUCCACCGAGAACUCGAGGCUAUAGCCAAAUUCUCCCAUGACAGGUUCGCACACUGUUUCGUGAGAUCCUCAGGAUGGUUUCAGAAUGACGAGAGCCUCUUUAUCACUAUGGAAUAUCUUAAGUAUGGGGAUCUACAGCAAUAUCUCACCAAACCAUUCCCCGAACCCGAGGCCCGACAGAUAUCCCUACAAGUCACCGAAGCCUUGCAGCUGAUGCAUGAGAGCGGCUUCGCACAUAGAGACCUCAAGCCCGGCAACAUCCUCAUCUUCCAAAAGGGCCCUGGGUGGUGGGUAAAGCUUGCAGACUUUGGUAUCUCCAAGCGCGGCGUUGAAUCGUCCACACUAUUGCGGACUGUGGAAAUUGGCACUCGCGGCUUUAUGGCCUCAGAAAUACUUGGCCUGUAUUGCCCCGAUGACUUUGACGAGGAAGCAUUUGAGGCCGACGAAGCCGCUCAUGACGCUUUGGCAUACACACCCAUUACGCACAGGAUGUUGACGCAAAAGCCGGCCUUUAAUACCCGUGGCAGGCUUUGGUCUUAUGUCACCAAGGGCACACCUUUUCCCACGAGUGAACUGGAGGCUGUCAAUACAAGUGCGCAGGGCAUCAGCUUCAUCCAGGAAGUCAUGGCUGCAUCGCCAAAGAAACGACUCACAGCGGUGACCGCCAUCGGCCACGAUUGGCUCGAGAACCAUGAGUUUCUAGACGAGACACGGAGUCGUUCUAGCACAGAGAGGUAA